GAAGGAGAUGUUUCCAAGCUCUCCUCCGAGGAGAUGACCAGCAAGGACUAUUACUUCGACUCCUACGCUCACUUCGGGAUCCACGAGGAGAUGUUGAAGGACGAGGUGAGGACCCUCACCUACAGGAACUCCAUGUGGCAUAACAAGCACCUCUUCAAGGACAAGAUUGUCCUGGAUGUUGGAUGUGGAACUGGAAUCCUAUCCAUGUUCGCUGCCAAGGCUGGAGCUAAGAUGGUGAUCGGUGUUGAUAUGUCAAGCAUAGUGGAGCACGCCAAGAAGAUUGUUGAAGACAAUCAUCUCGCAGACAAGGUUACAAUCCUCCGUGGUAAAGUUGAAGAGAUUGAGCUACCAGCAGGAGUUGAAAAGGUUGAUAUAAUUAUCUCUGAAUGGAUGGGGUACUGCUUGUUCUAUGAGUCUAUGCUGGACACUGUGCUCUAUGCCAGGGAUAAAUGGUUGGCUCCUGGAGGACUUAUGUUCCCUGAUAGGGCAACCUUGUACGUGACCGCUAUUGAGGAUCGACAGUACAAGGAUGACAAGAUCCACUGGUGGGACGACGUGUACGGAUUCAACAUGUCCGCUAUCGGCAAGGUUGCUGUGUCUGAGCCUCUGGUUGAUGUUGUGGACAGGAACCAGGUGGUCGCUUCCUCAUGUCUAAUCAAGGAAAUUGAUAUCCAGACCUGCACUAAGGCUGAUAUCCCGUUCCAGUCUGAUUUCUUAAUUCAGCUGAAGCGAAAUGAUUAUGUCCAGGCGCUUGUAUCGUUCUUCAACAUCGAGUUUACACAUUGUCAUAAGAGGGUUGGAUUCUCUACUGCUCCUGAAGCUCCCUACACUCACUGGAAACAGACCGUGUUCUAUCUGCAAGACUACCUGACCUGCAAGAAGGGAGAGGAGUUGAGGGGAACCUUCAAGAUGACCCCCAACACCAGGAAUGUCAGGGAUAUGGACUUCGAUAUCAGCAUCAAAUUCGAGGGUGAACUGUGUACUGCUGAGGAGUCGAACAAAUAUAGAAUGCGAUAAUCUCCAGUUGUUCUCCUUCUCUACUCAACUCCCGUAGAGUCGGCACCUAUUUUCCGUAUAACCCCACAGUUGGCUGUGUAGAGUCUAUUAUCUACCACAUAUUGACUUUGAAUCAGAAAAUCCAUGAAAUGUGUCGCGUUGUCAAGACCUGUAAAAAUGCGCCUUGUGUUCAGUAUUUCAUCAUCAUUCUCAUUGUUAACAUGUAAUCAUUUAGCUCCUUGUAACAACUGCAUUUUUUUUAAUUCCAGA